UGUCAUGUGGUGCAGUCACUUCCUACUGAUUUGGUCCGGAGCUGAGAGACUCUGCUGUAUCAUGUCGUCGUAGUUAGCUCCACAGACGGUAUUUACAUUAGGAAACAUGUUAUUUCAGUGUAAAUCUGAUCGCUGUUCGCCUCUGAAGCUGGUUCUUUGGUUGGUGGCCUGUUUGGGAUGUUUGUUUGUUCGGUGCGGAGCGGAGGAGGGCAGCAGCAGCAGCAGCCUGUGGUACCAGGACCUCUGCAGCUAUAAAUGGGAGGCUAUAGACCAGGACAAUAAAAUGAGCUACACAUUAAAGCUGUGUGAGUCUUCACCAUCAACCAGCUGUGGCCCUGGCACCGCCGUCUGCGCUCGGGACCUCACUACCAACACAGAUCAGUCUGUCGGUGACCUGUCCCAGCAGAGGCUCUCUGGUUUGGUGCUGGACUUCAACAACACAGCAAAAUGUCCAGGGAGCAACAACAACAUCCAGACCAGCAUCAGCUUCCAGUGUGGGAAAACCAUGGGAACCCCAGAGUUUGUGGCUGUGUCUCAGUGUGUGCAUUACUUUGAGUGGAAGACCUACAGCGCCUGCAAAAGAAACAAAUUCAAACCCCACAAAGAGGUGCCCUGUUAUGUGUUUGACUCAGAUGGUAAAAAACACGACCUUAACCCUCUGAUCAAACUGAGUGCUGGUUACCUGGUGGACGACGGCGAUGACAGUGUCGACUUCUUCAUCAACAUCUGCAGAACUCUCAAUCAUCCAGAUAAAGCCUGUCCAGAGGGCUCUGCAGCCUGUCUGGUCACCUCUAAUCGCUCGUACAAUAUGGGAUCCCCUUCUGGACGGCUGGAGCUGUUAUCAAACGACAGACUAAGGUUACAGUAUAAUGUCAGCGCUGAUUCUCGUCCGGAGAUCUGUAACGGGCAUGAUCCUGCCGUCACAAUCACGUUCAUCUGUCCAUCAAGCAGACACUUGGGGAGCACUCCAAGGAUGACAGCAGAGGCAAAUUGUCGAUAUGAGGUGGACUGGGUGACUGAAUACGCCUGCCACAGAGACUACCUGGAGAGUCAUACCUGCAAACUGACCAGUGAACAGCAUGACCUGUCCAUUGAUCUAACACCUUUAAUUCUGAGCUCUUCAGACCCUCCGUACUAUGCACACUCUGGGCCUGAGUCUGGAGAUGACAGCUACAUCUACUACCUGAACGUGUGCGGAGAGAUCCCCACUCGUGAAUGUGGCAGUGAGCCGUUUAUAUCAUCUUGCCAGCUGAAGACGGCAGGAGACAUGAAGAAAGUGGCCGGGAAAUAUAAGAACCAAACGCUACGUUAUUCAGACGGAGAUCUGACUCUGAUCUACCCAGACGGCACCAGAUGCUCCAGCGGCUUCCAGAGAAUGACCAUCAUCAACUUUGAGUGCAAUGAGACUGCAUCCAAUGGCGGGCGAGGGGCUCCAGUCUUUGCUGGGGAAACAGAUUGCACCUACUACUUUAACUGGGACACGGCCUUCGCGUGUGUCAAGGAGAAGGAAGAUCUGCUGUGUCGAGUCACAGACGAGAAGAAACACUAUGAUCUCUCACCACUCACAAAAUACCCUGGGUCAGAAGUCGAGGGGAAUUGGGAGGCUGUGGAUGCUAAAUCUCCUGAGCCAGACCGUCGCUACUUCUUGAACGUCUGUCACAAAGUCCUGCAGACAGGAAGUGCUGUUGGCUGCCCCGUCAACGCCUCCAUCUGUGCCGUUGAUAAAGACGGGAAAACCAUCAGCCUCGGCAGCUUCACCUCAUCGCCACAGAAAACAAAAAUAGGAAAUGACAUCAGACUGGUGUAUACUGACGGAGAUUUCUGCAGCCAUAAAAAGACAAGGAUCCAAACUAUACUGACCCUCAAGUGUAAAACAGGAGACCUGGAGAGCGCUCCCAUUCUUCGUAGUGUUUCUGAUGAUGGAUGUGUGUACGAGAUGGAGUGGUACACUGCUGCUGCCUGCGUCCUCUCAAAGACACAGGGAGACAACUGCAAGGUGGAGGAUCCUCAGGCUGAGUUCUCUUUCGACUUGUCACCUCUCACCAAAGCAAAUGGGGGCUACUACAACCUGACCAGUGGCAGCUACCAGUAUUUCAUCAACGUCUGUGGCCCGGUCACGGCUGCUGACUGUCCUGCAAAGGCCGGAGCAUGCCAGGUUGAGAAGAGCUCUUGGAGUCUAGGGGAAGCAAACUCUCAUCUGUCGUAUUAUGACGGCCUGAUCCAGCUGACCUACAGUAACGGCUCGCAGUACAACAAUAGGGAACACACUCUCAGAUCCACGCUCAUCUCCUUCCUCUGUGACCCUGAAGCUGGAGCAGGAAAACCUGAAUUCCAGGUUGAGGACAAGUAUACUUAUAACUUCCGCUGGUAUACAUCCUAUGCUUGUCAUGAGAGGCCUCAUGAGUGUAUGGUGACGGAUCCCAUAACUCUUGACCAGUAUGACCUAUCCAGCUUGUCCCGGUCCACCUCUAACUGGCAGGCAAUGGACAUGACCGACACCGUGAACCUGAAGAAAUACUACAUCAACAUAUGUCGGCCUAUCAAUGCUGUUCCAGGCUGCGACCGCCACGCGUCUGUCUGCCAGAUGAAGUACACAUCAAUGCAGACCUCUCCAAAGGAAGUCGUCUCAGUUAGUAACAUGGGAAUAUCAAAGCGAGGACCGAUAAUCGAGGGACGGGAUCGGCUGCUGCUUGAGUUCACAGACGGCUCUGUCUGUGAAUCAGAUGGCCAGCAACUCACCUACACCACACGCAUCCACCUGGUCUGCUCCAGAGGCUCUCUGUCGAUGGGCCCACGGUUCCUGCUGUACCAGAACUGCACUGCCAACUUCAUCUGGGAGACCAGGGCAGCCUGCGCCAUCAAAACUACCAGGAAUGAUAGCUGUGCAGUGGUUGAUCCAGACACUGGCUUUGAGUUUAACCUUCAGCUUUUGGCGUCUACAAAUGGAUACAGGACCACAGCAAAUGGCAAGGAAUUCCUGGUGAACAUCUGCUCAGACUCGGCAGAAUGUGGCCCAGGCAUGGCCGGCUGUGAGCUGGAAGAGGGACAUCCAAUAAGCCCAGUGGGGGUGGAAAAAACCCUCCAGUACUCCACCGACGGUCUGCUCAAGCUCACUUAUAAAGGACCCCUGGAUACUCCCACAGCGACUCGGGACACCUUUACCAUCAAUUUUGCGUGUGACCCGACCUCUCAUCCUGGCUCUUUAAGACUGGUUCAAGAGGAGUUGAGUACGUUGCCUCAUCAUGUGGUCCACAACGUCCUGUUUGAAUUCUCCACUGCUCUGGCCUGCAUCCCUGCUCCAGUCGACUGCCAGAUCAUUGAUUCCCACGGCCAUGAGUACGACUUGAGUCACCUGAUCAGAGAUCCAGAUGACAGCCCCUGGAUCGCCAUAGAGACCGAUGCAGGCCAGUCACGCAGCUUCUACAUCAACGUCUGCAAACCUCUGCCUCCAGUGAGGAACUGUCCAGUGGGUCCUUUGGGCGCUUGUGCUGUGAUUGAUGGGGUGAGCUUAAAUCUGGGGUACGUUCAGUCCAGCCCACAGGCAGCAGAGGACGGCUCCAUCAGCAUCGUGUACCAGAACGGAGAUCAGUGUGGUCCUACAUCACACUACUCCACACGCAUCAUCUUCCAGUGUGAUGACAACCCUGGCUCCCCCAUGUUUGACCGAAAAGAUGGUUGUGAAUAUGUGUUCAUCUGGAGGACUUCAGAAGCCUGCCCUAUCAGGAAGACACAAGGUGUUGACUGUAAAGUUCGAGAUCCAAGGAGUGGCUACGAGUUCAACCUGAACACUCUGAAGGGCAAAGAUUACUCGGUCACAAAUGAUAAGUACACCUACCACCUGUCAAUCUGUGAGGGGCUGCAGAAAGGCGUCUGCACCCACCUAGACACGGGCAUCGAAACCGUCUCCUCCUGCCAGGUGAACGGAGACACCCAUAAGAUUGCAGGAGUGGCAAACCAGGUGUUGAGCUAUGUGGGCGACCAGCUCAUCCUAAACUACACUGGUGGAGAGACCUGUCAUAGAAUAUACAAAAGAUCAACAGAGAUCUACUUCUCCUGCCACCCUGACCGCAAUCCUGGAGCACCAGAGUUUAUCAGGGAGACUCCUGACUGCACCUACCUGUUCAGCUGGCCCACUGCUCUGGCCUGCGUCCCCGUCAAAACCACCAGCUGCUCCUACAAUGACGGCCAGGGACACUCGUACGACCUCUCCCCACUGGCCCUGGACACUAGGAACUGGGAAGUGGAGCGGUCCACUGAGGACACAGAGAAACAAUAUUACAUCAAUGUCUGCAGGUCACUGGUGCAGCAGGGAGGUUCAUGGAAUUGUCCCUCCAGCUCAGCAUCCUGUAUGAAAGUCGGAGAUGAUUAUGUGAAUCUUGGGCAGGUGGAGUCUGGUCCUACAUUGGACAGAAAUAUCCUGAAACUGCAGUACAGCAGUGGACAAGCCUGUCCCGACAAAGGCCGCAACAGGACCACCAUUAUCCGCUUUAAGUGUGACAAAGACAAAGUGGACUCCCGGCCGACUCUGAUCUCCGUCUCCGAAAACUGUGUCUACAACUUCUUCUGGUUAACAGCUGCUGCCUGCCCACUCAACGCUGUCCAGCAUGAUGAGUGCAAAGUAACCAACCCCGCUACAGGUCAUUUGUUUGAUCUCAACCCCCUGACAAAGGAGGGAGGUUAUACAGUUUACGAUGAUAAGGAACAAGGGAAGUUUUUCCGCAUGAACAUCUGUGGAAACAUGACGAAUGGGGGAUGCCGACCAGGAACAGCUGUGUGCAUUAGGGACGCCUCUACUGCUGUGAGCGGUGGUCAGGUGAGCAGGAAACUCUCAUACAAGGAUCACGUUCUGGAGCUGACAUACGAAGGAGGAGAUCCCUGCCCAGCAAAUCCAGCCCUCCACCACAAGACCAUCAUCAGCUUCAUCUGCAGACCUCCUAAAAUGGACUUGGGCCCUCAAGAGCCAGUUCAUAUUGUCUCAAAAGCUGACACCUGCACACACUCCUUCUCUUUCCACACACCGUUGGUGUGUGAGCAGACGGUGAAGUGUUCGGUCCAGAACGGCUCUGCUCUUAUAGAUCUGACGCCUUUGAUUCAUGUCAGUGGGUACUACAGAGCAACAGACGAUGCUGUGGACCAAAGCGAUGAAUCACCAGACUUCUACAUCAACAUCUGUCAGCCUCUCAGCCCCAUCCCUGGAGUCGACUGCCCCCCUGGAGCUGCUGUCUGUAUGGAUCCUGAUAAAGGACCUCCUGUGGACAUUGGACGGGUCACCAGCGGGCCUGAGAUUAACGCUGCAAACGGAGGAGUGUCCAUCACUUACAAAAGCUCCACCAAGUGUGAGGCUGACCCAUCCCAGAACUACACUUCCACCAUCAUCUUUACCUGCCAGAGAGGCCUCGAGCUGGGCUCUCCUCAAAUGCUGAGGCUGCAGGAGUGUGUGUAUUUGUUUGAGUGGGCGACCCCCAUCGUCUGUUCAGAUGCCACACAAACCAGCGACUGCAAGCUCACGGACUUACAGCUUCAGUUCACCUUUGAUCUGUCCGUCCUGUCUGGGGAAGUCCAGGUACCAGUGGGCUCCAGCAUGUACCACAUUAACAUCUGUGGCUCGGUGGCAGAGCCAGCCUGUAAGAACAGCACAGUGUGCCGGGUGUCUGGUUCAGGUUCAGACAGGUCUGCUUCUUCAUUCGGCAUCAGCAAAUUAAUGACAAUGGACUUCAAACAUGAGGAACAGGCUGUACAAAUGAAGUAUGGAGGGGGAGAUCAGUGCCCACCAGUGACAGAAAAGGGUGAGGUGUGUGUGUUCCCCUUUAUUCACAUGAAGAAGUCGUACACAGAGUGCACAAAAGAGGGAUUGACCAAUGGCAAGAAGUGGUGCUCCACCACUGCCAACUAUGACACAGACAAGAAAUGGGGAUUCUGCCAAGAAGUCUCUGCUAAGCGACAGUCCUCCAUACUGUUUACCUGUGACCAGUCUGCAGGCCACGGCUCCCCUCAGGUGCUGUCAGAGACGGACGGUUGUUCAGCCACAUUUCAGUGGAGGACCAGUGCAGUUUGUCCGCCUAGGAAGAUGGAGUGUAAACUGGUCAGCCAGCAUCAGACCUUCGAUCUGAGGAGUCUGUCCUCCCUCACCAAGCCGUGGGUGUUCAGCCAUAAAGGAGAUACAUAUAACAUCAACCUGUGUCAGGGUAUCCACGGUGGAUUAACAAGUUGUCCAGGAGGAGCGACAGUUUGCCGACAUUCAGCAGCAGCAGGGAAGGUCCAGACACUGGGUCGAGUUUAUACGCAGGAAAUGAGCUACGCUGAUGAAAAGAUCUUUGUGACUUACUCAGCGGGAGAUGAGGUCUGUGGCAACGGCGUGAAGGCCAAGACUGUGAUCCGACUCAGCUGUGGCUCCACUGUGGGACACCCUGCACUCAUCAGCGUCGAUGAGGCUUCCUGUGAGUUUGUUAUUGGCUGGGAGACUCGGUCAGCGUGUGCGGUGAAGCAGCGUGAGAUAGAGAUGAAAAAUGGGACGAUUCAGGUUCCUGACACAGGAGCCAGACUCAGUCUGGGCAACCUUUAUUUCAGCCACCAUCAGGCAUCUGGAGACAUCCGCCCCAAUGGUGACCGCUACAUCUACCACAUCCAGCUGUCUGGCAUCACCAACAACUCGCUGCCCAGCUGUGUGGGCGCCAACAUCUGCCAGGUCAAACUCAACGGACAAUACAGACGCAGAAUCGGCUCCUCCAGCAGAGCAAAAUACUACGUCAAAGGGGGAAACCUGGAUGUGAUAGUGCCCUCUGAGUCCCAGUGUGGACGAGAGAAAACAACGACGGUUUCAUCCAUCAUCAUGUUCCACUGUAACCCCUUAGUUGGAAUCGGCAUCCCUGAGUUUAUGUUGGAGACUGAUGAAUGCCAGUAUCUGUUUGUGUGGCACACCAAUGCUGUGUGUGGUCUCACAACCAGUAAUCAUGAAUAUGACAACGACAGCAGCGAGGCUCCAGGUGCCUCCAGACGGACACAAGCAAUGGGCGUGAUAUUGACUUUACUUUUGGUGGGCCUCGUGGUUUGUCUGCUCGGGCUUCUGCUGCACAAGAGAGAGAGAAGAGAGCUGGUGAUUCAGAAGGUUGCUGGCUGCUGCAGGAGAGGAAACCAGGUCUCAUAUAAAUAUUCCAAAGUCAACAUGGAUGAAGAAGGAGGCGAAGAGGAGAUGGAGUGGCUGAUGGAGGAGCUGGAAGCCCCACCUUCAUCCUCGUCAUCAUCCUCCCACAGAGGCAAGAGUAACCACAGCAAUGGCCACAUCAAGACCAAGCCGGUGAAUACAGAUGGCCUACGCUCCUUCUCUCUGGAUGAGCAGGAUGACGACAGCGAGGACGAGGUGCUGAGCGUCCCUGGAGUGAGGGUCGUCAAAUCCUCUGUACUGUCCAAACCCUCCACGGUCCAUCGCAGCGCCUUCCUCCAGGAGGAGAGUGACGAAGAUCUGGUCGGCCUCCUGGAAGAGUCUGACAGAAAAAGGAAGAGCAGCAAACCCCGCCCCUCAGGCCUUAACCACGGUAACACCACGGCAGCAAAUAGGAAACGGGACGAGGAUGACAGUGAUGAGGACCUUCUCAGGGUGUGAUGUCACUUCCUCCCCGUUCUUCCUUCUAUCCAUCCAGUCUGAACUCUUCUCUCUCAGUGAAUGUCUCCGUAAAAACAGCAACAACGAUGAAAUACCGACGACAUAUUGACCUUUCCUCUCUUUGGGGUUAUCUUUUGGUUGGACUGCACCUUUAAUCAGCCUAUUCAGACUCUAUCCAGUCCACUGUCUACAGACUGUCGAUGUUCGGUUCUUAUUUAUUGAUAGCUGAUUAUUUAAAUUGUUUCUAUUUUUGCAGAUUUUCUGUCAGACUUUGCAGCUAGAGUCCCAUCAAUUACACUUCUAACAGGCCUGCUGGGACUCGACACAAUGAGGCACAUCAGUGUAAAGAUGUUUAAUGAAUUUGUUUAAUGACUUUCUUUUCCUCUUGAGUUUUCAAAAAAAGCUGUGCCAUUGCUUUAGCACUUUAUUGUAGCAUUGAUUAACCCAGAAUAACACUGUCAACAUGCCUCAUUGCAGGUAAAGGAAAGAAAAGCAACAUUUUGAGUUGAUUUUUUUGUUUGUUUAUGGCGUUCUUUGGCCUGCUAAGACUGUAUUUGGUACCCUUACUGAGAUGUAGAGUUUAAUUAGCUCGACAGUGAAACAAUUUAGAAGAUUUUUUAACAGAAAAUCACGGCUAUUGAAGAGAAUAAGGGGAAGCUGGUUUAGCCUGAGGCAGUGACGGUGUUGGCUUGUUUCUAAAGGGAAUAAAGACAGCCAUUUGUCUUUUCUUGGUAUUUACAGUUAAUACAAGAGCAGAUUUUCUCUUCGUUUCCCCUCGAAAAGAAAGAAUAUGAAGCCUUCCUGAAGAUGAACUCACUUUUUCAUCGCUGAAUCGUAUCCGGUGACAGAUUGAUUUGUCUUGUUUUGAUCAGAGACGUUGUACAUAUGCGAUAAUGUUCUAUAAUAUGGACGUUUUGUUUAUUGUUUGUCUGUUGUCCUCACCGGUGAAUUUGCUCGCACAUUAUUUGUUUUUAUGAUUAUUUAAAUGGUUGUCUGAGCUGAUUAUCUGUACGAAUCUCUGUUUUUUGUGAAAAGAGAGGUUGCCUUAAGUGUGAAUGGACGGAUGACAAGGACAGAGGCUGAAAGUCAAAUGUUAGUUUUUUUCAAGAAACACCCUCCCGCCAAAGCCAUAUCUCUACAUCCACUAAUGUCGGGACUUUUUUUCCUGCUUGCACGCUGUCGCACAUUAAAGAUCUCUGUUUUGAUAUCUAAACCUGAUGCAUCAAACAUAAGGUUUUAGCUCUCAGUAAAGCCAAGUAUUGUAGUGCCGAAAUAGGACUAUUCUUAGCCAAAUGCACGUGAUGAUGACACGAGGAGUAUGUGAUGCAUUAAUGCAUCAAUAAAACAGGUAUUAACUGACGUUCAACAUAAAUUCUGCUUCAUUGUGAAGGUUUGUAGAAAUUCUAGGUUGAAAUUCUCCUUUAAAAAUGCUCAUACUUUUUCUCAAAUGGAUCUGAAUCCAAUGUUUACGCAUUCUGAGUUGUCCCACACAGAAUAUAUUGGUGCCAUACACUUAAAUGUUCCUUUAAUGCAGUGGUUCUCAACUGGUCUGGGCAUCAGGACCCACCACCUCCUUAUGAGGAGUUGCAUCUCAAAAUUAAAACAACAAAUUAAUUACUUAAAUGUCUUCAGUGAGUGAAUGGCGAAACAAAGAUGUUUUAAAAAUGUAUAAUACAGAAAGGCAUGUCUGCAUACAUUUAAUUUUUUGCCCUUUUUCUGAGAUAGCAUGGAAAUUAUUGUAUUUUCUUGAGAAAAUAACUUUACUAUCUUGGAAAAAACAGCUUUGUUUCCCAAGAAAGGAGAUAGAUAAGUUGAAAUCUUGAGAUAACGACUGAAAAUUGCUCAAAAACUAAGUAAAAUAAAAAGCAUGAAUAUGUAUAGACGUAUGGCUUGUGUACAUUCAAGUUUUGCCUCUUUUUUUUCCCCAGGCACACGUUUAUGACCCACUUGAGGUAGCUUUUGGGUCCUGAGCCACCUAUUGAGAACCACUGCUUUACUGGGUUCAAGCCAAAGAAGUUGAUGCAAAGUUGGAGUUUGUGAUAUUUCAACUCAAUUCAAAUGCAAAAAUGUGGAUUAACAGACUAAAAAGUAGCUGAUAUUUGACACUAGGGUACAUUUAUCAUAAUAUUCUCCCAGUUCAAAGACUGUGCCAGUAACUUAAAAAAGAAUCUUCAGUCGCUGUGACUGAAAUAACAUACAAUGACCUGAUCCGUGUUCUCCAAAAAUCAUGUCAGAAAUUUUGAAAGCAGCAGCUGGCAAUUCAUUCUAAAAUUGCUGAACAAGUUGCUUCUUGUAGGGAUGACCUGAUGUUAUUUUGCUGCCGAUAUAAUGGGCUACAAGUGAGAUCAGCCAAUCACAGAUACUGAUGUCAAUCAUUUUUAGUGUUUUAACAUCAGCUGGUUAAGUGGUUGGUCAGUCGACUUAGCUUUGUAGUGCACUAAAACUUCCUACAGGUGGCAGCGUAACAGCUAGUAGAUAAGGCCCCAUAAUAAAAAGGUUGGACACUGCUGGGCUAAACUGUGCCUACGGUACAUUAAUAAUGAAAGGGAAUAAGUGACAGAACAUUCAUAGGUUGCAACUGAUGUCUUUGUCUUAUAUUGCAAAGAAAACCAGUUCCUUGAGUUGUCCCUGUAAAAACUACUGUCAUUACCUGAGAGGACCAGCAUCCAAGAGACUCCUGUUUUAAAACAAAUUUCAACUCCAAACAACUCAAUGGUUUUUUUUAAUCACCAUAACCUUUAUUUAUUUAUUUAUGUUCCUAGCAGAUAGUCAAAGGGGCAGCAUUUCAGUUAACCUUGAGCAUUGCUUCUCUUAGUUGCAGACAUCAGAGUAUUGAAACAGGUGAUCAGUUUGGUGAUCUAAGACUAGAGGUAUUCAUUCUUAUCUACAAGUCACAAUUCUUAAAUUAGAUUUAGCCAAUAAUGGAGGGUUCUUGGUUCAUCUGGGCGUCACUACUGUUUACUCUCCAUUUAUCAGUAAUUACCUGGAUUUAUGAGCCACUUAAGGGUGGUGUUCUCAAUUUAAAAGAAUUAUUAAUUUUCCACAGAUCUGGUAAAAUUCACUAAGUGAUUGUACUACAACAGGUGAGCACCGUAGAUUUCCACUGAUAAUUAUGCACUUAAAUAUAAAAAGGAUAGAAAUAUUGAUCCACAUAAGUUCAGUCAAGUCACUGUUGGUUUAUGUCAGUAUUCCACCCUCCCAAACUAAAGGUGUUAAAAAUAAUAUCAUAACUGAAACAUAAAGUCGGUCAAAAAGCUCCAGAGUUCAGGGUUUUUCUAAAUCUUUUACACAAAAUUUACUAAAAAGUUUUUGUAAGAUGCCACACAGUGUUAUCAAAAACACAGCAAAAGAAAAAAAUCAGAAAUUGGCAUUUUCAUCAUUAGAAUUGUCAGUAUUCUUAUGGACACGUUUAAGAAAGUUAGUACUAAAUAAAAUAGGUACAUUUUCAUGCUUCUGUUUCUUUUCUGUAAUGACUUCUAGUUUAUGAGAUCGCAAACUUCAGUUGAACUUUCAGAGGAAAUAUUAGAAAAAUGUAGUCACAUUUUCAGUCUCCAGAGGAGUAAGAAGACUCAGUAUGUUGGCCUUCUCUUGCUCUUAACUCUUUUUUGUCAUCUGACAUGUAAAGUGUUUAAUAGUCUCUGUAGAAUAUCCACAUCAUAACGCCAAUAUUAAAUAAGGAGUGAAAUCAUCUUUGGAGAGCAUAAAGAAUGCCAAGAAGAAGGAGAGCCAUCAGAGUCACAAUAAAUGGACCGGAAUAAAACAUCAGUAAUCCAACUCUGCUGUUAAGAUGUCAUCAAGUCCGUUAGCACAAUGUUGGCAAACUUUUCAAACUUUUUGAUAUUAAAGAUGAAGCUUUGAAGCAGAAUAAAAGCAGCAACGUGUUUUGAAAGCCGUAGCAGUGUGACUUACCAGAGAAAAGCAGAGAGUACCGUAUCGUACGUGAAGUCCUUCAUGCAUCGUCACCGUCUAUUUAAACGCCAAAGUUCUCGUGUCUAUCUGCAUGGUACUGUCCCCCUUUUCUUGUGCUAUUUUUUCUCCACUCCAGCAGUUUUGGCUCUUUAAAUCAGCAUCUGAGGUCGAGAUAGAGGGUAAAAUUCAGAAACAAACUCUGAGAGGAUAGCGACUCUGGAAAAGCACAAGAAAUCUUCUGUGAUGACUCAGUACAAUGGGAGAUGAUUACGUUUUAGUUUGGUGUAAGUUCUGUUGUCUGAGAUGUUUUCAGCUCUUUGCCUGUUUUCCUAUUUAAAAAGCAUUGAUGUAAAAAAUACUGCAUUAUCUGAAUAAAUAAGAUCUGCUGUUUAUCACUGCUGGGCUGUGAUUGAGUAUGAAUUACACUGUUAAAAUGUAUGGCUUGUAGGCCCAUCAUGAUGCAGUUAUUUUUUACUUGGGUAUGAUCCUAGUAAAAAUUAACAAUAUGGAUACUGGUUACCACAGCAACUAAAAUAAAGCUCCAGGCGCCCUAUAUGU